GGCUUCGCACACGUUCCUCGAGCUUCGCCGCUGCAGCCACGUGCAGUCUCUGCGUUCAGCAUCUAUCUAUGAAUCUAUCUACUUCAUUCACCACACGGCGCCCGCCCGGUCCUGCGUUUCUUUACCCAUCCAGUGGAACUCUCACCGACCCGUCGCCGUGCGUUCGAUCAGCAUCGUCCUUCGAAAAAUGUCGCUCGGUGGCGGAGGACCCAUCGUCGACGCGGCGGGCGCGCUGCGCGGCUUCGUGCGUGAAGCGGGCGGGUGCGCGGUGGUGGACGGGGGCCUCGGCACGGAGCUGGAGGCGCACGGCGCGGACCUGCACGACGCGCUCUGGAGCGCCAAGUGCCUCGCCUCCGCCCCGCAUCUCAUCCGCAAGGUCCAUCUAGACUACCUCGAAGCAGGAGCGGAUGUCAUAAUCUCGGCGUCCUACCAGGCCACGAUCGAGGGGUUCCAGUCGAGGGGCUUCUCGCGGGACGAGAGCGAGGAGCUGCUGCGUCGUAGCGUGCACGUCGCGCAGGAGGCGCGCAGAGUCUUCGUCGCGGAGGGCGACGUCGACAGCAGCAGGUCGCGCCGCGAGCGCGAGCGCGAACGCCCGCCGGUGCUGGUGGCGGCCUCCAUCGGGAGCUACGGGGCGUACCGGGCAGACGGCUCCGAGUACAGUGGGGACUACGGCAAAUCGGUGACGAAAGAGGCGCUCAAGGACUUCCACAGGAGGCGGCUGCAGGUGCUGGCGGGGGCCGGGCCCGACCUCAUCGCCUUCGAGACCAUCCCAAACAAGCUCGAAGCGCAGGCCUACGCUGAGCUCCUGGAGGAGAACGGCAUACGGAUCCCAGCCUGGUUCUCUUUCACUUCCAAGGACGGGGUUCACGCGGCGAGCGGAGACCCCAUCACCGAGUGCGCGGCCGUUGCUGAUUCCUGCCAGAGGGUGGCCGCGGUCGGCGUGAACUGCACUUCUCCCAGGCUCAUCCACGGGCUGAUCCUCUCCAUCAAAAAGGUGACGAGCAAGCCAAUCGUCGUGUAUCCGAACAGCGGGGAGACGUACAUCGCCGACACGAACGAAUGGGUGGACUCGGACGGCGCGACGGGAACGGACUUCGUGUCGAGCGUCGGCGAGUGGCGGCGGGCGGGCGCCGCGCUCAUCGGAGGGUGCUGCAGGACGAGCCCGGCCACGGUGCGAGCCAUCGCGCGGGCGCUGCGCGAGGCGGAUGCCGACGAAUACGAUGAUAUGCCUGCUGUGGCCGUGCUCUGAACGUUUUCUAGUUCUUCCAUUCCAUUCCCGGCGGAGAAACACCGUUCCCGGUUCCAUUCCCGGCGGAGAAACUGCAAGCGGUGAUUCGUCGUCGUCCUCCGUCACGCUCACGCGUUCGUUCCUGACCUUUGGCAAUAAGAUGCACACGCUUUCAGUGCCACAUUGUUCGUAGUUUUGUCGUUGAUGUUUUAUGUUCAAAUGGCCACCCGUGCCAACUAGAGAAGGUAGACUGAUGGAGUGAUGGUACUGUUUCGUC